AACCUCAUCCAACCAAUUCAUUCAUCUUCAACAAAAUGAAAGAGGGAACAAUUAGCCUUUUAGCUCUUGUGGCUUUGUUCCUCCUUAAGGUGGUCUUAGCCGAUGAGCUAUCUCUUCCCUUUCAUAUGCCAAUCAAUGAAACCUUUGACCUUGAAGUAUUUCAAGGUAAUGCAUUAGUCGGCGUGUACUCACAUCGACGAUGUGGAAAGGGAUUUGGUGGCCAAAAAUGUAUUGAACCUGGAGAGUGUUGUAGUCUUUAUGGUUGGUGUGGAACCACAAUAGCUUAUUGUGCUCCUGAAAAUUGUCAAAGUCAAUGUGUUAAACCAUCUCCACCCCCACCUCCAUCUGCAUACCUACGAUGUGGAAGGCAAGCUGGUGGAAGAAAAUGUAUUAAACCCGGAGAGUGUUGUAGUCUUUGUGGUUGGUGUGGAACCACAAUAGCUUAUUGUGCUCCUGAAAAUUGUCAAAGUCAAUGUGUUAAACCAUCUCCACCCCCACCUCCAUCUGCAUACCUACGAUGUGGAAGGCAAGCUGGUGGAAGAAAAUGUAUUAAACCCGGAGAGUGUUGUAGUCUUUUUGGUUGGUGUGGAACCACAAUAGCUUAUUGUGCUCCUGAAAAUUGUCAAAGUCAAUGUGUUAAACCAUCUCCACCUCCAUCUGCAUACCCACGAUGUGGAAGGCAAGGUGGUGGAGGAAAAUGUAUUAAAACCGGAGAGUGUUGUAGUAUUUAUGGUUGGUGUGGAACAACAUCAAAUUAUUGUGCUCCUAAAAAUUGUCAAAGUCAAUGCAAAAGUACUCUAACCUCAUCAGCCAACAAUCGUAUGACAGGUAUUGAAAGCUUCUAGUUCAAUGUUGUCAACAUAUAUAUAUAUAUAUGCUAGCUCAUGUAUUCCCAAUUACUAGCUAGAGGAUGUACUCUUACGCCUCUUUUGAGACUGGUGAAGUGAUGGAAUAAUAAUGUGUGUAAUGAUAAUGCAUAUAAAAUGCAUUAAGUAAUAUAAUAAAUAAAGGAGUGCUUUAAUUUUAUCUAAAUUAAAA